AUGACAAAUCCUGGAUGUAAGGAUGCGCGCACGCGUCAUUCCCACUCCAAUGCAAUGCAGUACUUCGAUGAGACACCAACCUCGGACUGGUCCCUUCGAGGAUAUGUCGACUAUUUGCACGCAAACCAUGGGAUCUCUACUAGCUCACGGCAGUCUAUUUACAACACCUAUAAUAACGUAUUAAACCGUAUUUCGACAUCUGACAUAUUCAACAGACGCAAGCGUGCGUCGUCACUACUCUCGUCAUUCAAACAAGAUAGAUUGUCAGUGAAGAAACUUUGGAAUGAGAUAGAACAGCAGGAGGAAAAGGAAAGACAUUUUAUGAUCAUGACUAGCUUCGGCAGACGCGAGAAGCGUGCUUUAGCAGAGUUAGAUACAGUAGAAGUAGAAGAACGACUUGAAGAGAGGAGAAAGAAGAGUAAAGAUGAUGCAGAAGGCAGACAACAAGAAUAUAAUAAGAUCUCACAAGAGCAUGAUGAAGAGUAUGACGAAGAGGUGGUUGCAGGGACGAUCGUUGACGAAUGUGAUAUAACUGAUGAAAAAAAACUAGAAUUACAUUUCGAGACUUCUGAAAUAAAAUCAAUACAAAAGAGUAUCAAAAAAGCUAUCGAAAGGAGUACCAAUGAAUUAGAGACUAAACUACUAACAUGGCAACACUAUAUGCUUAAGAAAGUAGAAUCCGGAGUGUAUCGUCCAAGCCAACAAAAUAUUCAUAUUCUAUUAGUAGCAUCAUCAAUAUUCUAUUUUCAGCGAAAAAACGAACGGUCGUAUAUCGAUUAUUUAACAGAAAAUGAAACUUCCCAAGUUAAGUCGCUUGUUAUCCCAUGCUUCGAACAGAUCGAAAUUCCAGAUGAUAUAAAGUUGUUUGUGGAUACAAACAAAAAGAAAUUUCGACGAGAUGCUAUUGAAGAGCUUGAAACAUAUAUCAAGGAAUAUUCCAGCAAACAACAACAACGUGGUGGAUAUGUAAUCAAAGCGUUCUGUAGAUUACUUGAGGAGUAUGUAACGUGGGAUCUUUCAGUUUGUAUGGAAAAAUUAACCAAGGGAACUUAUAUUGUGGACUACUUGGGACCUAUCUUUAAUAAGACUAUUCAUUAUUUUAAUUAUGUUACCACACAUUCAUGGAUCAGCGUCGAGUCUAAAUCUUCCAAACUACGUAGGCAUUCUGCUAAGGGUCGGAUUCCGGAUUAUAUGCUUCACAAUAAACAUAAUACCCGUACAUCUGUUUAUAUGGAAGUUACAAGUCCAAGACGUGAAGAUGACAACAUAAAAAUUCAUUGGGAUAUAUACAGGGGUUCUAUACAUGCUAAAGAUUCGGUGGACUUUGAUAUAAAGAAAUAUAAUAUUCAGCCAUCAUCUGGAAAAAAGAUUGUAAUCUUUAUCAAUGGAUACAAGAUGGUUGUCUGUGUGAUGAAACUUCAAUAUCCAGGCAUCUAUUUAUUGGUUGAAGUGGCCGAUUGUACAAUUCCGAAGUCUAUUCGAGAACUAGAACACAUAAUGAGACUGCAUCAGAUUUUAAUAAGCAUCAGGUUGCGUGGUGCCGCGUUGCUCCUUGCAAAAGGAAAUGACUACUUAGAGCAAUCUGCCAUCACAACCCAAGUCCAGAUGAUACAGUCACUACCCGGCGAAGGCAACGCAGAAGAGAGCCAUGAUGGUCAAGGAGAAGACGCACUCAGUUUUCCACUAAAUAGUCUGCAACGAGAAGUCAAUUUUGACGAUAAAGCCCAAUAA